GAGAGUGUGGAGACCGGUUCCGCAUCAGUCAGUCUCAGCAGGACUGGGCGGCACAUCGCGACGUGAGACCUGCCGUACCUUAGUAGCUUGUCGUAGUUCAUCCCAACAUUGUCAUAUAUAGUGGGAGAAUUUGGCGAGUGUUUCCCAACACUGAUGUUACUAUCGGAGAUUACGCAUUGAUCGCAGUCAAGUUCUAUUAAAAACAAUGUAUUCCUUCCUAGUUUUCGGUUGCUUCUUGGGUUCCGCUCUGUCUGCGAAUAUCCUCGCUGUGUUCCCCCAUCCCGGCAAGAGCCACUUCGAUGUCUUCGAGCCUCUCGUCCUGGAGCUGGCCGCCAGAGGACAUCAAAUGACCGUCAUGAGUUUCUACCCCCAGAAGACCCCGGUGGCCAACUACACCGACAUCAGUUUGGUGGGGACCUCCCCCUUGAGGCUAAACAGGGUUAAGAUCGGAGGAGGGGAUGAUACGGUGCCAGACACCUUCUCUGUGUCCAACGUCGGGCUUCACCUGUGUUCUAAGAUCUUUAAGUCUAAACCUGUCCUCGAUCUGCUGGAGUCGGACGCCCGCUUUGAUCUGAUCAUUUUAGAAAUGUUUGACUCGGACUGUUUCCUUGGCCUCGUGCAUAAGUAUAAAGUGCCCCAUAUAGGGUUCAACUCCGCCAAGACGAGCCCGGAUCAGGACAGGACUGUCGGGACGCCGAAUUAUCCCGCGUACGUGUCCCACAUCAACCUGCCAUUUACUAACCGCAUGGGCCUCUUCCACAGAGUGAUCAAUGUCGCCUACACACUCAUGCUUGCUGUUGAGAGGUUCUUCGUGCUCCUAUGGGAACAAAGAGGGUUCUAUCAGUUGAUGGGUGAGGGGGUUCCGCCCCUGGAACAGUUGGUACACAACGCUAGUUUAAUACUCGUCAACACUCACUUCUCACUGCUGGGGAGCCGCCCUCUUGUUCCCGCGCACAUCGAGGUUGGAGGGAUACACAUCAAACCCGUCAAACCUCUCAGUAAGGACUUGAACAACUUUCUAAACGAGUCAACCGAAGGGGCCAUCAUCUUUUCCAUGGGAUCGGUGCUAAAGUCAUCUUCAUUUCCGGUGAACAAAAGACAGGCCAUCAUGGAGGCUUUCGCCGAGUUACCGGUCCGUGUUGUCAUGAAGUGGGAGAACGAAAGUCUGCCCGGUAAACCUGACAACGUGAUGAUCAGCAACUGGUUGCCUCAGCGAGACGUGCUGUCCCAUCCCAAAAUAAGGGCGUUCAUGGGACACGGUGGGUUGCUGUCAACCGGAGAGGCGAUAACCUCUGGGGUCCCCAUGGUGCUCAUCCCCAUGUUCAGGGACCAGGGGAACAACGUGGCCCAUCUGACUUCCCUGAGAGCCGCCGUCAAUUACCGAGAGAAGGCCAAAGACCUGUCAGAACGGUUCACGGACAGGCCAAUGUCUCCACUGGACACGGCGGUUUAUUGGACAGAGUAUGUCCUGAGACACAAGGGUGCCCGCCAUCUCCGCUCACCAGCUGUGGAUAUGCCGUGGUACCAGCUUUGGCUGCUAGAUGUCGCGGUGGUGCUGUUGGUCUGUCUCGCUGGUCUUCUGCUAGUGAUCUACUGGCUUGCUCGACGCUAUAACUUGAAAAUUCCACACUUUCUUCAACUUGGCUCAUCGAGGAAGAAGAUACAGUAGUCUUUCUAUGUUUCAUUAAAUAAAUUUAUACUUUUUAUAA